CUAAAUGUUUUUUCGAGAGAUGCAAAGAGAAGUGAAAAAGGAGAAGAUAGUGUUUUGGUUGUUAUUUGCAUGGAGCAUGUAAAUUAGUAUUACUAAGAAUUUGUGUACUUAGUAGAAGCAAUGGAUGAUGAUGAAUAUGAAGAUCGGUAUGUCACAACAGAUGUUCAGCCUUGUGCAAGUUGUGGCAGAACAUUUGUACCUGAGACAUUGGUAAAACAUGAACGAAUAUGUUUCAAAUCAAACAGCAAGAAACGAAAGAUAUUUGACUCAUCUAAACAAAGAGUUAGUGGACUUGAAGUAAAGCCAGUGAAACAAAAAGCAAAUCAAAGCAAGUUGCCACUAUCUAAAUCAAAAACCAAUUGGAGAGCAAAACAUGAAGAGUUCAUAUCCACGAUGAGGGCAGCAAAAGAUGUCACGAAAGCAAUCAAGACUGGAGCAGAUUUACCACCACCGCCAAAACCAACCAUAAAUCCAGAUUAUGUAGAGUGUCCAAGUUGCUCUCGUCGGUUCAAUAACAAUGCGGCUGAGAGACAUAUUCCAUGGUGUAAAGAAAAACAGAAACGAAUAUCACACCCAGCUAAAAAGUCAGAAGGUUUUAAGAUAAGAACUCAGUACAAACCACCAUUACCAGGGGUUAAGAAGGGAUCGCCGAGUGGACCAAGAACAGGAUUGGGAAUGAAGGGAUCUAAGUCAUCCCAUGAAGUUGCUUCUCUUUCGAACGGAAUGGACAAUAUGCAAAUGAGCAGAAAACCAGUGAAUGGUUUGAAUCUAAAGAAAAGAAGUAACAGUUUAGACCGCAAGACUACUUCAACAAGAGAAACUGCAGGACAGAGGAGAUCAAACAGUGGGGGAAACAGGAUAAGUAGGUAUGCUGAUUCAGACUACGACGACGAUGAUCGAUUUGGUUAUCAGAACUUGAAUAAUAACUCAUAUCGUAAGGACAGUAGACAUAGUGUACUGUCACCUGUUGACAGCUGUGGCAGAUCUAAGAAUCCAUUUUCCUCGACCUCAACAUUACCGUCAAUACCAAAAGUAGCUGGGUCAAGCUCAUCAACGUCAUCUAGACAGAGCUCUGGUGGACGAGCGUCACGAUUUUGUCACGAGUGUGGAACACGUUAUCCUGUUUCUAACGCUAAGUUUUGCUGCGAGUGUGGUAUGAAGCGAAUGUGGAUUGAGGAAUGAAGUUCAUUGUUGUAGUCAGUUGGUAGGAAAGUAUCCCAGCGAAUGCUAAGGGUGUUUACAUUUUCAACAAGCAUUGUUGUGACUUAGGCAGCUGGGAUUGCUACUCCAACUCCUGAUGCUUGGGUGAGGCUUUGACUUAGAUUCAAUAGCUUAUUUUUCUUGAUUCUCUUAUGAAAUUGCUGUCCUAAUAUAUCAUGUAGAAUAACCAAUACAACAAUACUGUACAUAGUACCUUGAUUCUUGAUCUUCCAGGGAAAAACCAAGUAUUUUAGAUUGUAUCAAGUAAUAUUUUACUAUACAAAAGUAACUUCAUCAGUAGCUUUUGUUGGAAGUAAUAGAGAAAGUAACGAUAAUAAUAUACAAAUGCCAAACAUUAUUGUGUUGACCAGUUACAGUCUCAUUUGAGGCAUGUUGUGGCAAAAUGGCUAAGUUGUAGCAAAAAUUGAAAUUCAAGUUAUUGGUAUUUUCAGAUACCUGAAUAUGUGAUCUUUAAAGUGAGGGGUCAUUCAUUGAAAUUGGACAUU